UUACAUAUAUUUAAAGAUAUUCUGUUUCAUGUAAUCUGGGCAGAUACAUAAUGGAAUACAAGCCCAUACUCAAAAUACUCUUCUGUGCGUUUUAGGAAAAACAGAAAAACAAAGGUUCCUUUCUCGGUCGUCGUCGUCGUCGUCGUCCUCCUUUCUUCUUCUUCCUUGUAAUAAUCCCCCUCAUAAACCCUACACUACUACUGCUUCACGGUUUCAACCAUCCGCCCUCCUCAUAACUUCUGGAUAUGACCUCGAAUGCCUUCCGACAUCUCCGUUCCCGCUUGCUGCUUCACGGUUCUGCGCUCUCCCUCAUAGUCAGACCCGCCGUUGCUCCUUCUCCCCAUCCCCAAAACCAUUCCUUUCACCUCUUCAAACGAGACGCUCUCACCACCACUGUUAGAUUCUCAAGCACCUCGUCCUCCGACGACCUCGAAGGAUUGAUAGACCCCGAUGAUGAACUCGCUGCCGAGAGCUCGCCGGCCGAGGCAGUUUCUCCCGAGCAAUUCGCGUUCUUGUUUGAUACAGCCUCAGUUCCUGAUGAGGGCAGCAGCGGUACCUCUGCCCGACAUCUCGGCCGAGGUCCGUCCUUGGACGAUGCUGUCGUGAUUGCGAACUCGAUUCGGGAUAUUAAUGAUGGGUUCGGGGACAAAACCCAGAAGUUUCUCCGGCAAUACCGGGGGAGACUCGGCGAAUCCCUGGUCAUUGAGGUUUUACAUUUGUUGCGGAACCCGGACUUGGGGGUUAAGUUCUUCAUGUGGGCGGGUAGACAGAUCGGGUAUUCUCAUACUAAUGCUGUAUAUGAUGCUCUGUUGGAGAUUUUGACUCGCGGUGAUAACAAUGACAGAAUAUCGGAUUCGUUCUUGAGAGAAAUAAAGGGCGAUGAUAGGGAGGUUCUUGGCAAGCUGCUCAAUGUAUUGGUUCGGAGAUGCUGUCGAAAUGGGCUUUGGAAUUCGGCCCUUGAAGAGCUGGGGAGGCUCAAGGAUCUUGGCUAUAGGCCGACUUGUGCGACUUAUAAUGCUCUGGUUCAAGUUUUCCUUCGAGCAGGUAAGGUGGACUCAGCUCAUUUGGUCCAUAGGGAGAUGGUGGACUCGGGAUGUCGCAUGGAGGCACAUACGUUGGGGCUCUUUGCGUUUUCCCUCUGCAGGGUGGGGAAGUGGAGGGACGCUCUAGCAUUGAUUGAGAGGGAAGAUUUCAUUCCCGAUACAAUACUCUAUACAAAAAUGAUAUCUGGGUUGUGUGAAGCCUCACUUUUCGACGAAGCCAUGAGCUUCUUGGAUAGGAUGCGCUCGAGCUCGUGUGUGCCAAAUGUUGUAACUUAUAGUGUUUUGCUCAGUGGGUGUAUGAAGAAGAGAGAACUGGGUCGGUGUAAGAGAGUCCUCAACAUGAUGAUCCCCGAGGGUUGUUACCCAAGCCCCAAGAUAUUCAAUUCUUUAGUUCAUACUUUCUGUAGAUCAAGAGAUUACUCUUAUGCAUACAAGUUGUUGAAGAAGAUGGUCAGAUGUGGGUACAACCCAGGUUAUGUGGUAUAUAACAUAUUGAUCGGUGGAAUAUGCGGAAACGAGGAGUUGCCUAGUUCAGAUGAAAUGCAAUUAGCUGAGAAAUCUUAUAGUGAAAUGCUUGAAGCUGGGAUUGUACUGAAUAAGGUAAAUGUCAGUAAUUUCUCUCGGUGCCUCUGUGGAGUGGGAAAAUUUGAGAAGGCACAUAAGGUUAUUCAGGAAAUGAUGAGUAAGGGUUUCAUCCCUGACUCAAGCACGUACACCAAAGUUAUUGGUUACCUCUGUGAUAAAGCAAAAGUAGAGAAGGCCUUCUCAUUGUUUGAGGAGAUGAAGAGGAACAAUGUUGUUCCUGACGUGUAUACUUACACAAUUUUAAUUGAUAGCUUUUGCAAGGUUGGGCUAAUUGAACAGGCGAAUGAAUGGUUCAAUGAAAUGGUCAGAGACGGGUGUGUGCCUAACGUGGUGACUUACACCGCUCUCAUACACGCUCACCUCAAGGCAAAGAAAUUUUCUCGGGCAAAUGAACUUUUCGAGGUGAUGUUAUCAGAAGGGGUCUAUCCCAAUAUCAUCACGUAUAGUGCUCUAAUUGAUGGUCAUUGUAAGGCAGGUGAGAUUGAACGGGCUUGCCAGAUAUACUCAAAAAUGAGAGGGAAUGUGGAUCUAGCCCCCGAUAUAGAUGUGUACUUUAAGGUUAGCGAUACUGAUUUGAACUCAAAAGAACCAAAUGUUUUCACAUAUGGAGCUUUAGUUGAUGGCCUUUGCAAAGCCCAUAGGGUUAAUGAAGCCCGUGAAUUACUGGAUGCCAUGCAAGUGGGGGGUUGUGAACCGAACCAUGUUGUGUAUGAUGCCCUGAUAGAUGGGUUUUGUAAGGUUGGGAGGUUAGACGAAGCCCAGGAAGUUUUUGCUAAGAUGUCGGAACGCGGAUAUAAUCCAAGUUUGUUUACUUAUGGUUCUUUGAUUGACCGCUUAUUCAAGGAAAAGAGGCUUGAUCUUGCUCUAAAGGUUCUAUCCAAAAUGCUGGAGAAUUCUUGUGCUCCCAAUGUUGUUAUAUACACUCAAAUGGUUGAUGGGCUAUGUAAGGUUGGGAAAACUGAUGAGGCCUUCAAGCUCAUGCUGAUGAUGGAAGAGAAGGGGUGUCGUCCUAAUGUUGUGACAUAUACUGCAAUGAUCGAUGGGUUUGGUAGAGUAGGCCAAAUCAGCAAGUGCCUUGAUCUUCUGAAGCAGAUGAGCUCUAAAGGUUGUGCCCCAAACUUUGUCACCUAUGGAGUUCUGAUAAACCACUGUUGUGGUGCUGGCCUGCUCGAUGAUGCUUACAGGCUUCUGGAGGAGAUGAAACUCACAUAUUGGCCGAAACAUGUUAUGGGGUACCGAAAGGUCAUUGAGGGAUUUAGCCGAGAGUUCAUGGCCUCUCUUGGGCUUUUAGAGGAUAUGAGUGAGAGUGACUCGGUGCCUCUUAUUCCAUUUUACAGAGUGCUGAUUGAUAGUUUUGUCAAAUCAGGGCGACUAGAAGUGGCGCUUGAUCUACACAAAGAGAUUGUAUUGUCUUCUUCAUCAUUUUGUUUAAAUGGCUUUGAGAAGAUCUAUGAAUCUCUUAUUCAAGGCCUUUCUCUUGCAUAUCAAGUUGAUAAGGCUUUUGAGCUUUACAGUGACUUGAUAAGAAGGGGUGGAGUUCCAGAGUUGACCACAUUCGUUCACCUCAUCAGAGGGCUCAUCAGAAUCAAUAAAUGGGAAGAGGCCCUGCUUCUGUCAGACAGCAUUCAGUGGAUGAGAGUUGAAGAAAAGUAGGUUAUCUGGCGAAAGACAAUGUAAGACCUGUUCUGAUUUACUUAUUGCACCUUCUGGAGCUGCUUUUCCUUUGAAGAAUAUUCACAAAACAAAUCAUCGUAUAUUAAAAAAACUUAAUUGGAAGGUUAACAGGUCAACUAUCUUCAUCUGCGAGGAGCUCUAUUGUCACUGGUGGUAACACGCCCGGACACCAUGAAUGGGGCUUACUUUGGCUCUAAGGUUACAAAUCAACGCAGAACUUCUCAACUGUCUUUACUGUUCUUCUUUUUGGCACAAUCAACGUUAUUUCAAGUUCUGUCGUUGGCCUUAUAAGCAAAUAAUGUUUCUGUAUGUAUUAGUUUACAGGGCUCUGAAUUCAAAUUGUGAAGGAGGUCAAAUAAGUCUGUUUUCAGAAUAUUUUGCGGAAUAAAAAUGGAGAGCUUCUUCAUCUGCACCAAAGUAAUGCAUUUGGACAAAUUACUCCUUAUGGCCUCCCUAUAAGAUACAAACUUAUACUGUUCUCACAAAUAAUGAUAGUGCUUAUAUUUGAACACGUCGUGCUAAGCAGGUUUAUGUUUUCCAAGAAGAUAUGGAGAUACGUAUUUGUAUGUACACCACAAAAUUGUUCUUUCGGGUUUUCCACUCUGCACAGAAUGGCUUGAUUGUUCUCUUAAAGGUGGAGAGAAAGGUUAGGACAUUUGAGAAGCAGAACUCUGCUCAUGUUGGACUCUAGUAAAGAUGUGGCGGUUUACUUUUACUUUUGGUUCUCAAAGUUUGGAUGUUUAUUGACCCUGUUUGUGAUGUUUUACCAUUUUUUUUAAUAUGUUGACAGGGAAUUUUAAUGCGAUUUGCUCAAUGGACCUUUCUAUUGAGAUUUGGGAUCUUGAUGUCGUAUAUACUUUAUGGAGCUUCACUCCUUUAAAGCUUGUACUGUAUAGCUGACUGAUAGAGGAUUCAACUGUUAUUUCAUAAAUUUUUGCAGAUUGAUGCAAAGGAACCAUGCCUUGUUUUAGGCCGCCAAGAAGAGAUGAAAAAGAAAAGGAAGAAAGGAAAGAAGGCACCCAUUAAGUACAAGGUAGUCAUACUGAUUCAGUGCUUUGUCUUGCCUGGAACAAGGAGUUCAGGAAUAUACUUGUGAGUGGAAGUGGCGAUAGGCAAGUCAAAAUCUGGGAUGUUGCCACUGGGAAGUGUGAUAUUGCCAUGGAGCAUCAAACAGAUAAGGGGGAUGGGAAGAUGCCUUCACAUUCAGGAUAUAAGUGGUCUGUUCCAGCCGACUUUGAGAGCUUGGCAUGGGACUUUCAUUCAAUGAGUUGAAACCCACACCGUUAAAGCUUUUGGAUAGAUAGCGAUAUGUACAUUCGAUGCAUUAUGAGUGACUGUGGGUAUUACAACGUUACUGAUCCCCGCCUAUCGACAUGCCUCAAGAUCCUACAUAUAAGUCCGAUAGGGAGAUUGGAAAAGUAGUGGAGUCACCUUCUACCAUUUUCGUUCUUAGAAAAAGUUAUUUUAUUGCACGAAAGAGGAGAUAAUUUUUCUUCUUUAAGUGGCUUCUGUCCUGUUUUGCUGGGUUUCCUGAUGAAUGACCCAGGAUUUGUUUUCGAUUUAAGGAGAUUUAUGUGAUUGAUUCAAAGACAAAGUUGACCCCCUA